AUGUCGAAGAUCACUCUGUUUAUUGCUUUCGUUUGCCUUUGCGUGGUCGUUCAGGCCCAAAGUGAUAGAGAAAUUUGCAGGCGUAUUAAUGAGAGAUGUCUGUCGAGGGCUGAAAGGAAUGGAAGGAACAACGAAGUCUCGGACAUUUUCAACGAAAACUGCCGUCGUAACGACAGGAACUGGCGCAGCAUCUCCCGAUGCGAACUCGCUAGGGCCACUUGUAUUUUGACCCUUGAACGAUGUGAUACCCUGUCCUGUGACAAUGUACGGCGAGCUCUCGAACGUAGACCCACCGAGUAA